UACAAUAUUAUUAAAUUUGGUUGAAACAAUACAAAAUCGGUUAGAUGAAGAAGCAAAUUAUGCAUGUAUUAAUGAGCAAAAAAAUGCAAACCCUACUAUUGGUUUGCCUCAUGUUGCGAGUAGAUAUUUUUCUACUAUCGAUUUCUUGAUUCAGAAGUAUUUAACUUUGCAUGUUCUUUUUCUUCAAAGGCAACAACUUUCUGAAAGUUUUCUUUAUAAUGCUACAGAAUUGUCUUUUGAUUGA